AUGGAGACAGCUGCUGCCGCCUCGUGCUGCAGUUUUCGUGCUGCAGCUGAGUUGCUGCCAGCAGCAGCCUAUCGCUGCGGUUUGUUUGGCGGUUUAUUGUCUCUUCUUUUGUCUCUAAACCCCCCAAAAGAAGCAGCAGCAGCAGCAGCAGCAGCAGGAGACACAGCAGCAGCAGCAGCAGCAGGAGAAGCAGCAGCAGCAGCAAAAGGAGACACUCAUAGAAAAAUUCAUCAACGCACACCUGCUGCAGCAGCAGCAGCAGCAGCAGCAGCAGCAGCAGCAGCAGCAGCAGCAGCAGCAGCAGCAGCAGCAGCACAGCAUGUGGAUGAGGUUGCAGAGAGAGAGACAGAUGCAUUCUUUUUACUGGCGGAGACACUUUAUAAUAACCUCCAUAGAAUCAGAGAGGAGACAGUGCAGCAGGAGACAGCAGCAGCAAACCCCACGCAGCAACACCACCAGCAGCAGCAGCAGCAGCAGCAGCAGCAAGAGCAGCAGCAGCAGGAGCAGCAGCAGCAGCAGCAGCGGGAGAUUUGGGGUUGUGUGUUGCAUGCACGUGACCCUCGUGUGUCUUCUGCUGCACUUGAAUCUGAGUUUGCUGCUGGUGUCUCCGUUGCUGCUGCUGUCUCCGUCCCCAUCGGCGUAGCAACAACGGGGCAGCUGCAGCUGCUGGUGCGGCUAGUGAACGCAGCAAUAGAAGACAAGUUGCUGCUGCUGCUGCAGCAGCAGCAGCAGCAGGAAGAAUUCAUUGCUGCGCUCAAACCACUUCUUGGAAGCAGAAUGAAACAGCAGCAGCAGCAACAGCAGCAGCAGCAGCAACUGCAGCUGCUGCAGCAGCAGCAACUGCAGCAACUGCAGCAGAAAGGAAAAGAACUCGGGCAGCAGCUGCCGCGGUUUUAUUUUUUUUAUUUUGAGCAGCACCUUAAAACCCUCGUCGAGUUGCUGCGAGAAGAAAACCUGCUGCAAGGGUUUGGUUCUUCCCCUUUAUUUCUUGAUUGUGCUAAUGGGGCGGGAGCAGCAGUGGUGUCUCCGCUGCAGCAGCUGCUGCUGCUGUUUGGAGACAGGCAGCUGCAUGCGCGCAACACAGGGUCGGAGACAGAGGACUGCAGCAGCAGCAGCAGCAGCAGCAGCAGCAACGGCAGCAGCAGCAGCAGCAGCAGCAGCAGCUACAGCCGUUUGAUCAAUCACAACUGCGGCUCUGAGUUCGGUAUGAAGGAGACCCCUCGGAGGGCGCAGUUUGCUGCUCUUUUGAUGGAGACGCAGACAGAAUAA